CAGUGUGUGUGUGUGUCUGUGUCUGUGCUGCGUGUGCCGUAGGGAGGCCAACCAGCAGCAGCAGAGAGAGAGUCGAGUAUUAUACCGAGCUCUGCGACGACUAGCUAGCGUCGGGGCGCGUCCUCGGCUCCUUGUAAUCAACAACAACAGCAGCCCACCACCGCAAAAACAGCGACGCACCGACAACACCGAGUUCGUUCGACGACAAAGUGCAGCGGUAGCUUUUUUUUGGUGCAAAGUAAUGAUCAUGAUAAGUACUAGUGAGUGCAACUUUUGAUUGUGUGCGAAUUCGGAAGUGUUAUAAUAUACCGGCUGUUUGCGAUAGCCGAGUAGACAACGACACAAUCAGCAGCGACGAGAACGAUAGCUUGAGAGGAGAGAGAGCUUCCAACUGUUAAACCGUCGUCGCCCCGUGGAUCGUUCGAUUUUUCAAAACUGUGCAACGUUUCUUCCAACGAGUCCUGCACGAUGCCACUUUGGCCGCUGCGUCACUCGGCAGCGGGUCUCGACGAUGAGCUCGAAGGCCCGUUAAAAGGCCGAACGAGACUGUCAUUACUCUCCUUAGCAUAUAACUAGGAAGUAUGAGGGAACUACCUGGAGAAGCCGACGUAGCUGUGCGCAAAGCGACCGAGGUGUCCGCAGCUGCUCUCAGCGUCUCGAAGAUGGUCGCCUCCACUCACAGUCUCGAUGACUUGAGCCGAGUAAGUCAGCAGCCCGCGAGCCCGAGUCAGCAGCAGCAAGCUCACCACCAUCCGCAUCAGAAUCAUCAUCGACAUCAGAAUCAUCAGCCCUAUCAGCACAGCGGCAGUGGUCAGACGCACGGCACGAGUAGCUGCAAGACCGCCGAGGACAAGCGCAGCCGUCUCAGCAACGUGAUAGCCAAUUUGCGCAAGAAAGUGCCAUCGACGGCGCCGCCGCAGCAGCAGCAACAGCCGCAGGAAGCGAAAAAGUCUCAAAUCGCCUCGGUUGAUGACAUUUGCACGACGAUGACGGUGUUGAACGGUCCCGAGCCCGUGCCCGUCACGGAUCAGCACAAGGAGUCCUCGAAGCUCGACGUGGCGGCAGCAGCUCCGUCGUCGACCAAGGACGAGUCGGGCUCGAACAAGCCGGACGCAGUGGUCGCAACGAUGCAGCCCGAUCAGAGCGCAGAGGUCAAAGGUACGGAGCUUCAGCAGGAGACGACACCACAAGAAAGCAGCGAAGCUCAGCCAGAGGAGGAGAUAAACGAGGUCUGUAAGUCAGUAGUCAGGGACAUACUAGAUCGUCUUGUUGAAGAAUCGGACACGAAGGUCAUGCCGCAUUCGUUCAAAAGUUCUCCAGAAGCCGAGUCCAAAGAAGAAAAGAAGACAGUGCCGGUGGCAAGUAACGGCCCUGUUUCACCCAAAUCGACGACGACGACGACGACGUCGCCGUGUACGGUGGCAAAGACUGGGGUGACAGUGGCAGAUCCGAAAAAAAUCACGGCCACUGCACUACGUGCUAGUCUACAUUGCAGCAUACCAUUAACGAAGGUGGAAGCAUCGUCGUUCAGUAAGCAACUCAUGAACGCGCAAAAGGCGGUGAGGAGGCCAGUCGCCUUGUCGAGAUUGAGCCCGGCCGCCGUCCAGAAGAUCCUCUGCCUCUACUGCGAUCGGAAUUUCGCCACGAUCUCGGUGCGUCAGCGCCACACCGAGCGAAUGCACCGGUGCGCCAGCUCGACCACCGGCCGACGCUCCGAGAGGACGUCGCGCCACAGUCACGGCAGCUCCGUUGGCUCUCGCGCGGCCAGCAACAAAGCCCAGCAGCGUCAGACUUGCCUGCACUGCUCCGAGCAGAAGUCGAGCAAUCUCGAGGGAUUGUUCAAGCACAUGGUCGGCAGCCACAGCGACAAGUACCACGGCUGUCUCGUGUGCAGCACGAGGUACGCGAGCCGCGACGCGCUCACCAGACACGUGAGCGAGAGCCACGCAAAACAGCAGCAAGAGGAGGAGGCCUCGAGCAACCAGUUCGACAAGGCCUUUUAUCGCAGGAUCGUGGGAAAUAUACAAGAAAAUCUCUCGCACUUUAUCGACGGCAGGCUGCAGACCAAAGACUCGAACCAACAGCGUCAGUCGGCGACGACGACGACAGCGACGACAACAACUACGAGCGCAGCGGACGAACGUCCUCUGCGAACGGCCAAUGAGAGCAGUGGCGGUGGCUCGCCGAGGUACGAUCAACUGCCCAUCGACAUUAGCUUGACGGCCGCGGCGCCGGUUUAUGAGCGCGAUUAUCGGCCCAUCGACGCUGACGAAAACUCGAGCGAGAACGCCGAUAAGCCCGGAGUCAGUAAUACUGCCAAGCAACUGCAUCGCAGACGCCUCUCUUUCGAGAAGUUCAACUUCCCGCGCAAAUACGACGGGAAAGGUCAAUCGACCAGUCCAAACGAGGACCUCGACAGGUUCGAUUUGGCGACGCAGUUGAAGUUGCGUAGGCGACAGAAGCUGGCUGGAAUUUCAACUGACUCCGACGACUCUAAGGACGAUGCCUCGGCUGCGAUGGAACAAUUUCACACGCACUGGUUCGGCCGAUCGGUCGUAAUCGGUGGUAACGAGUCAAAAUUCAGCGGAGGAGACUUCCAGUGGACUACUUCAGACGUUAGUGAGACAAAAAUCAAAUUGAACUCUACAGACACAACAGAUCGCGAGUCGAAAACAAGUGGAAGGGAUUUUUCCUCCUCAUCAACGGAAAAUUCGGAUCGUGUAGUGGAGUCAGUUCAAGUUCAGUGCGAUUCUGCAGUGAAUGUGUCGAUCGAGCCGCCGACUGUGUUUAGUAGUGAGUUUCAAAGUUUCAUGAAAGUGCAUAGUGGGCCUCCCGGAAGUAAUGUAAAAAAGAACAUCGAGGAAGAUAAACCGAUUCACGCUGAACUCUCGGGUGAAUGGUCGAGGCCCAGGAUUUACAUAUGCGAGGCCUGUGCUGAUAAAUACGUGACUUUGAAAGAGCUCGAAGAGCACAAACAAAUGGCCCACCCGAACGUCUGGUGCUCGCAUUACGAAUUCUCCGGGGAUCAGCGCGAGUUGUACAAGCACUUGGUCUUCCUGCCGCAGCCUAGCGUGAACAAUCCGCUGAACACCUCGCAGAUUCGUACGCGACAGCAGAGCACGCUGAGCGAAAAAGUCUGCACCAAGUGCCACAAGCAGUACGCGAUCUUGGCGGAGCUGCAUCGACAUAUGCUCGAGUGCGGCGGCGACCAAGUCUGGCUCAGCGGUCUCUUCGGCAACAGCAAGAAAAAGAACAAGUGGCGUCCGUUCGGCAGCCGACGACGACGCAGAGGCAUGAAGCGCAACAUCGAAAAUUCACAGGCGCCCAAGAGCCCGCGCAUGAAGCGUCCCAGGGACCAUAACGCACCGCGAGUUCGGCCGAGUGAUCGUGAAAGCAUUCAAAAAAUGUUGGCCAAUUUGCCAGCUAAAAGGAUCACUAGAACAGUCCUUCAAGGCAGUUCUGCCCGAUCACAAGGCAGAUUACGUAAUACACAAUCAAUGUCAGGUACAGAUAACUCUGCGGAUCGUAUAUCCAGGAGUAAGGCUGCGUUGCGUAACAAAUUGUUGAAGAACGCCAAAUCUUUCCAACGGAAGAAAAAUCUUCGGGAAGAAAAGCAGCUCGCUCGCGAUGAAGAAGACAGAGCGGAAGAAGACGAAGACAGCACAGAGCAAGAAAAAGUUGAAGAAAAUACGGAAAUCAAAAGCUCUAGAUUGCGUGCUUCAACUUCGAAAAAUACUUCUUUGCCACAAUUGCGAGUUACAACGGGCAGGCUUCGCAAUACGACUGUUGAAAAGACACGAAUGAAAUUGAUGACAUCAGACAAAAAACGAAAGCUAAAUAACAUCGAUCUUUCUCAGUUGUCACAGAAUGCACUAAAGGCCAAAUUGCAGCAUCGGACGGUUGAUGGUAAAUUUGCCAAACCUGAUGCGACAAGUAUUAACACCAGAAGACCGACGAAUGAUCCGGCGCGGCAACUUACGCGUUCGAAAUUGCGAACUGCUGCAAAACUCGCCUGGAAAACACACACUUCGAUCCAACGUACCACUCGGCUAAGUGCUGCAAACGCAAAUGCAGCCUUGAGUAAACUUGGAUCCAAGAAGUCUGCGAGAACGACCUCGACUAGUCGCCGUAGCCUCGAAGAGGAUGCGAAUAAAAACGAAAAACCCGAUGAGGAAUCGAGACCAGUUAGUAGAAGUAGGAGAUCGAAGAGAGAAUCAACGGGCGAAGCUGGUGCUUCGGAUAAUACCUCUGUACCCGAAGAAGCAAAAGUCAGAUCAUUAAGGAGAACUUCGGGUGUAGAAACUGAACCAAAGACUAGACGGUCUCUCGCAGAAGCUCUCAAAAAGACAGCCAAGAUUAUUUUGGAGCCCGUUCCAAUAACUUCCGAUGAGGGUGAAAUUUCUUUAGGCAGGAGAAGAAGCAUUUCUAAGGUUACAAAAGCUAAGGAAGUUCAAGAAAUCGUUACUGACAAAAAAUCAGCUAAUGAUUCGACAGCAAAGAAAGAUUCGAAGCGAUCUCAAAAGAAAAAUUCGAAUAAAAAAGCCGUUAAUGAAACCAUAGAGUCUGAUGCGUCGUUAAACGAAGUAGCGUUACAAUUGAAGCUCGAAACAACUCCUGUCAAAAGGAAGUCAUUGAGAAUAAAGGAUAGCGAGGCCAAAGCUGUCGCAGUCGAUUCAGUUGAUAAUUCAGAGAAUGUGAAAAAAAGCAGCGAAGAUGAAACAAUUAAAUCGGCUCCAAGUAAAAAGAAGAAGCAAGCUGCGAAGAGCACAGAAUACGAGCCACCGAUUUCGGGUACUCCGCUCAAAGCUUGUCCGGUACAACCAAAGCAUCCAGCGCAAAUUAAGAUUGAUUUUGGACCUGCACCGGAGUCCGUUAUCGAAGCUCCAGUCACCACUGAGAAUAUUGCUCAGAUUGCAGCGCCUGAAGUAAUCGAUGCCACUACUGCGGAAGAAACUAAUAUUGCAGUGGCAUCGGUGAACGAGGCCAUUCUUACAGUGGAAAAGAGCUUGCAGAACUCGAAUAUAGAACAUCUUCUUCUCGAAUCUUCGAAUUCGAAUAUGGAUAGCGGCAAAGAGAAUUCCACCGACGCAAUUCUAAAAUCGAAGGUAGCUAAGCCUAAAAAAAUCAAAGGCUCAAGAGGAAAAGUUGUAGGAGCGACAAAGCGUUCAUUGAGCAGUGUUAUCGGCAUUUUGACUGAGGGUGUGAACGUACCAAUGGAAAAAAUUGAUACGACCAUCAACGUACUCACGGUCCAGACGAGCAUCGGUAUGGAUGCCAAUAAUACGGAAAAUGCUUGUCAAAGCAGUGGCACGCUCACAGUCGAAAGUAGCAGUGGCGAGAGCACGAGUAAGGCGGCCGAGGCCAAUGUCCCCGCACCUCCAGCACUGGUCCAAGCCAACAGCGCGAAAGUCGAAAAACCGGUCAGCGAAACAAAAGUAGAAGAAACACCGGUGACGCUAAAAAGCACUGAAAUCAGCGCAGUGGAAGAUAAGAGCAAUCUGCCAACAUCCAGUAGACCGCUUCAAAAUGUUCUGGAAAAGAUCUCGUCUCCGAUCGUUGCUGAUCAACCCGCGAACGAUAUAAUUUUAGAUUUAACUAGAAGAAAAUGCAAGGGGAAGGGAUCUUUCUUAGAGAAAAUUGUUUCCAAAAUCGCAAAGCAGAAAGACGUUUUACUCGAUGGUGAAGGCAGUUGUCUCGAUCUCACCUCACGACGCAAUUCAGAUAAUACAAAUGUGCAAACAAGUAAUAGUACAAAAACUGUUGAAACGGCUAAAACUGAAAUUUCAUUCUACAGAAACACAACUGUGAAUUUAGAUAAUAGCUUAAUCGUAAACAAAUCUGUAAAUAAUUUGGAAAGUACUGUUGCGCCAGAUAUUGGCGAACAGAACAGUUUAGUUAAUAAAGCAAGUAGUAAUAAGAAUGAAUAUUCUAAAGUUACCGAAAAAACGCUUGAUAAAUCUAAUACUAUUAAAGUCGACACACAAAAACUCGAAAAAGAGUUGGAUAUUAAUAAGUCUGUAAAUAUUAUCGAACCUAGCAUAGCUGUAGAAAAUUUAAGAAAUACAAAAGAAACAUGUGGUGCAAUUGAAAAAAUCGAUUCUGUGGUCUCUACUGUAAAAUUAGAAACCACAAUUAAUACAAAAUCUGAAACUAGCGCUGAUAUACAGAAAACAGAUGAACAAAGUUUAGAGAAUGUCUUGCCACAGAAGGACACAAUUUUGAACAUACCUAAUGUUAUUGAACAGAAAAAAGAAGAAGAGUUAAUCACUCAGAUAAAUACGCCGAUUAUUGACAGUACAAAAUCGAGCGAGGCAACAGAAAAGCUCGAUGAAGUGUCAAAGGAAAUAAAAUCGGGCAGAAGAAAAAUACACAAUUCUUUGACAGAUUCUGCGAUUUCUACCACGUUGGAUUCCAUAUUAGCUACUUUAGAAAAAAGUAACAAGUCAGUUAAAGUAACUAAAAAAUCAAACGGCAAAACAACUGCACGAAAAAAGAAAACAGACAAAGUCAUACAAUCAGAAAAUGCGAGUAAUGAAAAUAUUUCUUUGGUUAGCGUAGAAAAAUCUCUAAAUGUGAGUAUAGACUUAAGUGUAGAUAAUAAAAUCGAAAAAGAUAUCGACAACAGAGAAAGUGCGAUUACUUUAGGACCAAAUACUAAUAUAACAGAACAAAAUUCAGACAAAGCAGAAACUACAACGACGUCGCCUGAUGAAAUUGUAUCUUCAGUCACUGAACCAAGCUUAAAGAUAGAAUCAGCAGCACAGCCGAGUGAAACAGUGAUUGUUGAAAAAGCAAAUGUACAAAAUCAAACAGAAAAUAAAAAUGUCCAUAAAUCAAAAAAAGGAAAAUCGAAGAAAGCUAAAAAGAAUGAACAGCCUAUCGUUGCAAAGAACGAAUCUAGUAAAGCACAACUGUCAAAAUCUGCGAAAAAGAACUCGAAAAACGAAAAAAGCAUGCUCGAAAGCUCACCUAUCGUGUCUCAAGUUGCAGAAGAAUCAUUUAAAAUUCCCGAAACAAGCGAAGUUCCCAAAGCCUCGUCUAAACGCCAAAAAGCUUUAUACAUUCCUAGUGAUUCAGAAUCAGAAAUAUCCGAAAGCGACCAAACUGAUAUCUCAAUUUCUAGCAACGGUUCAACAUAUCACCCAUUGUCCGAAUCAGAGGAUGAGAUCGUACCGAAACGGACCUCUAAGAGAUGUAGUCAGCGAAUAAAACAGAAUACUAAGUCGACAACUUUGAACGCAAGUAUUAAAGAAACUGAUUUUGAACCAUCUGAGCUCACAACGUCCACGCCUCGACGCUCAAGACGUAAUGUUAGUUCUGACGUUAGCCGUGAUGCUUCCGUUAGUUCAGUUGACGACAUAACAUUUGAAGAUACAAUUCCAAAGCAAGCGGAAAAUAAAAAAAGUAAAAAAGCAACUUCUACAUUAAUAGAGAGUUCUAGUGAAAUUUUACCGUCCGAUGAAGCAGCCAAAGUUGACUUGAUUGAAAGCGAGACCGCUGCUGCUGAAAAUACUGAAAACAUCAAAAAUAAAAAAUUAAAUAACAAAAAAAUCAAAAAAAUAAAUUCAGACGCAGAUGAUUUGUCUGAUUCUACUUUAAUUUCAAAAACGUCAGUUUCAGAAAGUGCACCAGAGAAAAGAACAUCUUUGAGAAAGAAAAACGAACAGGUUAAACUCACAAGUACUGUCGAUGCCUCAGACAGUUCUAAUGAAAUUACAAAUAUCAAAGAGAAAACACGAAGCUCACAAAGAACGAAGAAAAACGUCACAAUAGCUGAAGAUGUAACUGUAAGAGAUGAAGUAACUCAGAAUUCAGAAAUGAUCACAGAAAAUUCCAUCAAUGUCGAUAAUGAAAUCAAUUUAUCUAAAAAAGUUAAGAAAAGUGUGACAUUAGCCGAUGAGCAUACUGUGAUUCCCAGUGAUAAGGAAACAAUUCCAGACAGCUCUGUAAACGAAGAGAAUAUAAUAAAGAAACGUUCAUCGAGUCGUAAGUCAAAGACAAUUAACUCUCAGGAUGGAACUGAAAAAUUAAAUGAUAACGUACUUGAAGACGUUAAAAGUGAUAAUUCAGGGGACAUCCGAAAGAAUGUUAAAAUUAUCAGUGAUAAUAAAUCUGAUGAAAAACUAAAUAAACGCGUUUCGAAUAAAAAGUCAAAAAAAUCUGAAACAUCUUUGACAAAAUCAACCGAUGAUUUAAGCUCGACGUCAAAGGCUGAGACACAAAAAAUUACAGAAGUAAAAUCGGUUGUAAAUGACAAGAAUAAUGCGAAAAAGUCAAUUCCUAAACAAACAUCAAAGAAAAAUGUAUCAUUGGCUGAUGAACGUCUCGAACUUCUCAGUGACAAUGUCAUUCCUGCUAUACCAGAAGCUCAACAUCAGAAAGCAUCUCUAAAUAUAGAAUCGGCACGUGAAUCGCUCGUCAAGGAGCCUGUCAUCGAGCAUAAACGAAACAAUAAAACUAAAGAAGAGAGAAAAAUCGUUCCACUGAACGAGUUUCUUGAACUUAUCGGCAAUGCUCACAUUAUGAAAAAACCCGACCCAAAGAACGAUAAUAAUAUAAAAAAUAAUAAAAAACCGGAACCGCAAGUGAAGUAUUUAGAUAAAGUUAAUGAUCAAAAGCAGAAAUUUAAGAAACCAGAAACAGCAAUUGCCGAAGUAGCCAAAAAGGUAUCAGAUUCUUCUAAAAAUAAAAAGCGCGAUUCAAAAAAGAAAGACAAGAAAAAAUCGCCAUUGGUCGAUGAGCCCGUCAAACCGUUUUCCAAAACUUCUGAUAAUUUAGUAUCUACUGCAAGUGAUAAUCUGAAUAAAUUGGACAGUAGUGAAAACGAUACGAGCAAAGAAAGCAAGCCUAUUUUAAAGAAAAAGAGCAAGAAAAGUGCAAUUCUUACAGAAGAUCAGAUUGAAAUACCAAGUGCCAGAGGAGUGCCCGCGGAGCCUGAACUCGAGGCAGUUGUUGGUGUUGUCGCUGAGAGUGUUAGCAAAUCUCUGAAGCAAGAAGCUUCUGGGGAACCAAACAAAGCAGCCAAAGACACCAUUUAUACAGAGCGCAAAUUAGAAACACAAGAGCUUCCGCAGGAAAACGACAAUAACAUCCAAGGAAAAUCUAAAGAUCUUAUAGUCGAUAAAUUGUUGGUUCAAAUUAAGAAAAAUGAUGAAAAUACCACAAUUUCUGAUAAAGAAAAGGAAAAUACGGUUUUGGAUAAAUCUGCAUCAUCUGAAAAGCAGAUUGAUAAUUCUGAUAACGCUAAAUCAAUCGCUCAAGACACAACACUCGCGAAUAAAAAAGAUACAAAUGAUUAUUCUCUGGGAACAAAAUCUAGCAAAGUUCUCGUUAAUGCGAAAAAACCCAAAUUGACAAAAGAAGAACAAAAAUAUUUAUGCGAUGUUUGCAAUACGCUUUUCACUCGCAGAAGCAGUCUGAACAAACAUAAUACCACUCAGUCGCAUAUGCUUAAACUCAGGCAAAACAAUGCCAAUAAUAGUUCAAAAAUUGAUACUACCAUUAAUUCUGACGAUACAAAUAAUAAACAAAAAGAAUUAUCUUCGGCAGACGACUCUGAUUACGGGGAAAGUAGUAAAAAGAUAAACGAAGAUGAGCCAGUGAGCUUAAUUAAAAACGUUGCGGAUGAGCAGCCCAUUAAUUUAGCCACCAAAAUAGACCUUUCAGAGCCUGUCAAUCUGUGCAUAGACUCAAACAAACGAAAAGUUUGCACAGAAGAAAAAGUAAAAAUCGAUACUGAUAACGCAGUGAUACCAUUAUCCGAGGUCAAACUUCCUCUCAAGUCUCCCGAGGAGGAAUUGGAAGACGAAAUGCUUGACGAAGAGAUUUGUAAAAUUACCGAAAAUAUGAGCCACGAAGAAUAUGUUCUGACAGACCAUGUCAGUCCGGUGGGAACACCUGCAGCCUCGUUACCCGUAGAGGAAGAAAAAAUUGAAACUAGCAAAAACACGUCACAGAAAAAAAGCAAAAAGAAUAAGAAGAAUAAACAUCACGUCGAAAAGCUGGUUGAGCUUGAUACGUCGUCAAAUCAGACUCGCGUCGAUGAUUCUACUUCAAUGGUCGAUGAGUCGAGCAACGCUAACGAAGCGAUUGAAUCUGAUACAGAAAAUAAAAAGAAAACUAGAUCCAAGAGGAGUAGAGACGACGAAGAAGUCAGUACUGUGACUGCUGAAACCAAAAGAGCAUGCCGCAGUGGAAUAAAUUCAAACGUUACUCAGCCCGAAAACUGUCGACCAAGGCGCAAUCGAACAAGACCUAGCUAUAAAGAAGAUGAUGACGAUGAUGACUUCACGAAAAGCUGGAAAAGCGACAAAGAUAAGGUAAAAGUUGCUGAAACAGUCAGCACUAGUUCUGAAAAAGAAUCGACGCCGAAAAAUGCCAACGAUGUUGCUUCUUCCUCUACCGAGAUCGACAAGCCCCAAAGUUCUAAAAAAUCGACUAAAAAAUCAAAACCAGAUACCAGCGAGUUGGACCCUGUUCUACCUGCUUCAAAUUCUGUAAAUAGCGAGGUACCGCGCGAGGAAAAUACCAUCGAAGCGAAAUCAGCGGUUGUUGAAGAUAAUCUUACGCCUGAAGUUAACCGACAAUCGUCGCUCAAGCCAAAAAAAUCUCAAAACAAACGCAAACCACACGUCAAAUCCAGUCAUAAACGCUCCGAUGAAAAACCCGAAACUCCAGCUGCUGUGAGUCUUGCCGAGCAAGAAAUAAACAUUCCUCCAAUAGUCACGAAACUGGCCAUCACUCCGAGCAAAAUCGAUCUUUCAAAUGUCAAUGAGAAAACGGCCAGUGAGAGUUGCAAUGAGCAUCAAGCGGCUCCUUCUAUGCUCACCGAUUUCGAUAGCGACGAAAAUUCACUCGACACCAACAUGUCCAUGGACAUUCAAAAGCUCAUCGACGAUCCAGAAAUGACAAGUGAAAUCGCCUGUAGUAAAGAGCCUGCCGCAAUCAGUUCUCAAAGCGCCAGCGUCGACGUCAUGAAUUUUGAAAAACCCAGAGACUCGACGUCUGAGAUAAUUGAAAGUGCCAAAGAUACCUCUAUUAGCGACGAAACAGGUGCGAAUGAAAAGAAACACCUAUCCAAAAAGUCACACAGAAAAAAACGCAAAGAGACCAAGAUCAGAGCCGAGACCACCACUAGCGAUGUUAGCGAUACCGAAGACGUGUCCAUGAUCGAGAAAAACGAAAGACGCGAGCGAAGUAAAAACAAAAUCGUCGCCAGCGUGUUCGGCAGAACGGGUGAAAAAGUCAAAGAAGUUCCCAGCAGCCGGCAAACGCGACCAGAGAACAACAGUUCAUCGGACAGCGAGUCAGAUGAAUCGUAUGUAGCCCACAGAUCACGUCGUGUUCUCAAAAGAAAGAGAUCCGAAACUACGAGUCGAAGUCGCCAGAGCAAACUUCGCGCCGAAGAACUAAUAUCAAAAGCAUUUAUCGACGACGAUGUUCCAGCGCCUGUCGAUGAACGCAAAUUAAAGCGGACGACGCGAACUUUAUCGAAAGAAAAAAUUAACGAGACCAGUACGUUGGAAAGUACGCCAGAUACUAGUAAAAAGUCGAAUAGCUCUUGGAAUUUAAGUGGGCGGCGAGUUUUCACUGACUACGCCAACAACGAUGGUCAAAGCUCGUCUUCGAGCGACGAGGAGGAGCCUGAAAUUAAGCCAAAAUAUCGUAAAACAUCGAGCCAUGUGAAUUUUGAAAACGAAGCAAGUUCCGCAGCAAACGUUGCCGAGGAUAAUACCUCGGACGCUAACGAAGCCGAUCAACAACCCAAUCCAUCGUCCACAGUCUCAAAAAAUGAUGCAGACCUGCUUUACGAAUGUUAUACAAUGUUUGUUCGUCCCGAUGUUUCCAACACUCACAAUGACCAGGUAAAGGCUGUACCAUUCGCCAAUCUUCUGUUAUCAGUCGAUAAGCUGCUUGGUGAGCCGGACAACGAAGUACGCGACCGAGCUUACAACUACAAACAUCGUCAAAAUCAACGUCGAAGUCUGAACAUGAUCGAAAACUCCGCUCAUGGGUCCGAUUACCAAAAGGAGAACGAUGACAGUCUUGAUGUGGCAUUUGAAUAUAAUAUUAAAUUGCGUGAUGAAAUUGAGUUGCGCAUGCGAGAGGGUGAUGGUCAAAAUCUAUUGGCAGCGUCGUCUAGCUUCAAAUCCAACGAACAAGAAUAUGAAAGUGAUCAAUCGGAUAGAGGCAACGACCAACCCAAACCAGAAAUGAGUUGCUCGAUUAGUCUUCUUGCUGAAGUAGCAUGUGCUCAAGCAUCGGAAUCGAACACUCCAACUGUCUUUGAUCGACCCCUAAAUGACUCUCCUAAUCAAAGAAUUUCCAAUGCAAAUGUAUCAGUCGAGCACAACAAGGGUCAUCAGCCUGAUAAUCAAGAUGGUGAAGCUAGGUCCUUUGGCGCUAUUGAAAAAUCACGACAUGACGGUAAAAUAACAAAUAAGGGUCGCAAUAUUCCAUUGAUUCGUUCAAGUCAAUUCCAAGGAGGUAUGGCUGAGCGUAGGAAAAGACUAGACAUCUUGAAAAAUAAAUCAUGGAAUGAGCAUGACAAAUCAACAAAGGACGUUUAUGACUUUGACGAAGAUAGCGCCAGUGGAACGGAACCAUCUUCCCUUCGCGUGUCUGAUUUGGUUUCGAGAACCAUCGACAACACCUUAUCCAAUGCCUCAAACGUCCAAGCUUACAGCAAUAAUCUUCAAAGUUUGAUAGAUGAUAAAUUCCGAAAUGCUGAGCUGGUCAGAAACGAAUUGGCCAAAUCGGAAGCGAUCGAUCACAAAAAAGUUAUAGGACCGAUGGACGAAUUUAUAGAGAGACGGAAGAAACGUCCAUCAGGCGAACAGCCCAAUUCUUCGAGUCGAAAUUCCAACAAAUCCAACAACAAGCGUAAAAGUGGAAAAAGUGCCAAAAAAAAAUCUCGCAACGCAUGGUACGAAAAUGACAGCUCGGACGAGUACGUAACGAAACUCAAGGCUGAUGACAUUGGAGUGGGGAUUUCAAAAAGCCAGAGAACCUGUUCGAAGGGAAAACAAAAUCUAUUUGCCGAGAUGUCAUCAACUUCGUCAGAGAGCGAGCCUGAACAACUUGAAGACAAUUUGGACGAUCAAAGGAUCAAAACUAAAAAAUCAACAACUAGUAACACCACAAAAAAGAGAGAUCGAAGUAAGACUUCAAAAAAAACUAUUCUCCCAGAAAACCAAACAAUGGCAAAAAAUUGGGAGGAUGGAGAUGACGUAAAUAAAACAGCCAGUUCAGCAUUAGACCUUGAUUCGUGUAAAAAAUCUGAAUCUGAACUAUCUGAUCAUCCUUUGGUAAUUGAUGAAAGUCACAGAGAAAUAAAUGAAACCGAACUACGCACUAACAGUGAUGCUGAAACUGAAGAACGAGCAGUUGAACUUGAUGAUUGGUACCGAGAAGAUAGUUCAGUUCCAGAUUCUGAAAAUGAAAAUUUAACUGAAGAAAAAUCGGAUAAAUUGAUAUCAGAAAAUAAAAAUACUAACUCAGAACAAUACAUUUCUGUCGAAGAUGCGCUGAAAAUUCUCGACCUGCAACAAGAGGAGUCGAAAAAACCUAAAAACAAGCGGAGCUCGCCGAAAGAAAAUAAAAAGAAAAUGAAAAAAUCGCCUGUACUACCGGAAAAACAAUCAAACAGCGAAAAAGGAGACCUCGAGAACUUACCUUUGCACGUCUUUUUGAAUCGCAAAGUCCAAGAGUCAAAGAAACGCAAAGAAGUAAAAAACCAAAAACGAGAGCAAAAUUUGUCCGAGGAAGAGCAAGCCCACGAGGAACAAUCGCCACCCGAAAUACCACCGGCUAGGCGUCAGCGCAAAUGUGCCGUUGGUAAGCAAGGCUUACUCGCGGAAAUCAGUAGUUCCGACGACGAGUCCGAUCGCGAAUAUCAUCGUAGCCAUGGCAAGGCUCGUCUACGCGAGAGCAGAGAGAAGCGAAAAGAGCGAUCGAUCGAGAAAAAGCAUGAAUUAAUGUUUGCCAAAGAGCAAAAAGCAAUUGAAGAAUCCAUCAUGCGCGAGCUGGAGGAAAAACGGUUGAGCGCGGCCAGCGAAGCCUCCGGUACCGACGAUUACAAGGAGGAUAAGAAAGAACAGGCUCAAGCUAAAGAUACCGCUAAAUCUAGUCCCGCGAAAAAAACACCUCAACCAAAACCGAAGCUCGAAGAAACCGAUGAUAGCCUCAAACAGGCAUCCUCUACACAGAAAAAACGCAAAGCUGCCAGUAACAAAUCAUCAAAAUCUAAGUCAACAAAAGAGCCUAAGAUCUCGUCGAUUAAAGAAACCCAGUCAGACAAGGAAUUCAAAGACGAGGACGAUGAGCUCAAAGCUAAACGCUCUUGGAACAACGUGGACGCAGAUGUUGGCAUUGCUAUUGGUCGUCGGAAGCGCGUUGCAACCAGGCAACUUUAUUACUGGUCUACCACCAGUUCAAGCGACGAUGAAAAAGCCGAGGCAACUUCAACCGCAGUGUCUGUCGCUCCGGAUGUCCCGGCUCCAGACGUUGGCCCCGAGGACGAAUGUCCCGAGCAACACGGUUGGAUCGUCGGGCACUCGCACAAACAAAUGAUCACGAUGCUGGCCAUGGAGAAACAGAUGAAAGAGAAGCGCCGGCGAAGCGAGGACGAGGAUCAGGCCUUGAAUCUCAGCACCCAAAGUGCGACAACAUCUUUGAUGGUUCCUGUAGCCGAUACCGCUACCGCUUCCUCUUUUUCACCUAGUGGUGGCAACGCGACGAGCGCCAAUAAGUCUGUCAAGGCUAAGAAGCACCGGAGCAGUGCUAAUUGAUACGUCUUUCAUGAUUAAAAACUUUGAACAGUUUUAUUACAUUGCGAACCCAUAUGUGAUUAUUAGCUUUUCUUUCAAUUGCAAUAAUUGGUAAUUGUGUAUUUUAGCCUAGCCGAUCGAGAUUUUUUUUACUUAUGUAAGUUGUAGAUAUUUAGCUUACGGGCUUGAUUCGUUUAAUAACGAUGCAAUAUAUAUACGAGUUUUCGACGAAUUAAUCAUAUGUUUUGAAUGAAGUAGUCGCGAAUAUUAAAAAAAUUUGACUGGUGUUAAUUGUAUAAUGUGAAAAAACGAAUAUCUAGUGUUUAUAAAUAUAUAAUGUAUGUAAUAAAAUUACGCGACUGAGGGUGGAAAUUUAACAUAGGUAACGAAACUUUAUUGCGAAUUAUAUAAAGUGUUUGUAUUUGAAAUAUGAGUUUAAUAUAGUAGGGUAUGCAGUUUAAAAGUAAAAACCGCCCCGUGCUGGAGAAUGUAAUUUAUAUGCUUAUCCCCAGCUCGUGUGUUUUUCAAUGAUUCUGUAAUUUUCUUACGGAUGAUCGAUCUGUGUUAAAGUUGUCGCUCCGAACUACCGCAACAUUAAGCAGCUAUAGAGUAGUUUGAAAUCAUUUCAUUCAUUUUCCCAAUUUAAAAUGUGAUAGAAUUAAUUUUUCUCAUUAAUAUAUUAAUGCGAAUAUCGUAAACGUGUGAAAAAUUUUGAAUUAUAUCAAAACUUCUAACGUAUUUAUAAUUGCAAAUUAUAACACAAUACUGCCAUCGAGCUCUUGCAAACAGUGCUUAUGACUUUACCAAUAAUGUUGAUGAAAUAAUUUUUUAAUUUUUUUGUAUUUAUAAAUAUUUAUCGAUA